UCAAUCGGCAAAAAUGUGAGGAAGAAUUGAAAAGAAUGUUGCAAAUUAAUUGACAGCUUGGGUUGUUGCCUGCGGUAAACAAUUUUCUGAAUUUUGCCAAUUACAUAUUUGUUUUUCUGUUAAAACUAAUAAAUAUUUUGAAAAUGUGCAUUGUUUACUGAUAUCUAUAAAUUAUGAUGGAAAAUACACAUAUGUAUUAUAACAAAUUAAAAAAAAAUUAAAUUGUGGGCAUAGACAAUGAAGAAUGUAAAAAGCAGAACAAAAUGAAGCAGAAAUAAGGCAAAAAAAAAAAUAAAAAUUAAGCUGUGAAUCGAAGAUUUUCUAAUUUUAAUUGACUAUUUGCAAAUUUGAAUCUCAAUUUAUUUGUUAUGGAGGACUUAGAGCCAUGGAAUAUGUUUACAAAUGAUAUUGUAACAGAUGCUACUGAAACAGGUAAUGAUAGUGUAAGCAAUAAAACUAUUGCCUCAAAUGAAACAAAAGUAAAAGAAGAACCUGAAGAUGUCGAAGAAGAAGAAGCAGAAGAAGAAACAAAUCCUGUGGAGAAUUAUACCGAACAGGUUGUAAAAGAUGAGUUGAAAACUCCACCACGUUCGAAUGAAAAUGAAUGUGAUGAUGAACCUGAUGAUACAAUUUUUAAUUUUGGUUUAGAGCCACUAGUAAAUAUAGCAGAGUCAUCUGAAAAUGUGCCAAUUACACCAAUUGUUGAAAUGAACGAUAGUAGUUCCCAAAGUGAAAAUGAAGUACCAAUAAAUUAUGAAAAUGCCGUAGUAUAUAUAUGCCCUGCAUGUGGAUCAGAAUUUGACACCCAAGACGCCUGGAAACGUCAUAUGAAUGCAAUGCAUAAUUUUAAUACUCGUCGUGGUUUGAAUUUUAUUCAAAUUGAUAAAUUAUAUCAUCAAUGCCUGGAGUGUCACAAACGCAUAGCAAUGCAUGCUAUGGAAAAUUUAUUGAAGCACAAAUUUACACAUCUCCCCUAUCGUUGCACCAAAUGUAAAAUUUGCUUAAGACAGUAUAAAUAUCGUCAGGAUUUAAUGGUUCAUUUGCGAAUGACUCAUCGGGAUGAUUUGGUUGCUAUGGCUAAAACUGAAAAAAAUCAAACCCCACUGGUAAAGCAAAGUAUGCCACGUACUAUACAUUUGGAAAUUAAGGACAUCAAAGAAAAUGCAGUGGACAUAUAUGAUUGUGACAAUAUCAAAGUAAAAAAUGAAUUAAUUGAACCGGAUGAUGAUGACAGUAAUAAUAUGGCAGACAAAUCUAACUCAAUUAUGUUGCCAUCCUUUUUGGAAGAUGCUCUAAGUAGAAGUUCGUCGCAUGCAUCAGAACGUCAGUCGGUCGCAGAUGAAGACUCAAAGGAAACCAAUAUACAAUAUGUAUGUUCAAAAUGUGGUGUUGGAUACAACACACAAUCACAAUGGCGGCAACAUGUAGAAUUUGUACAUCAAGUACGAAGUUCUUCUCAACAUGCAUACAAACCUAUGAUUCGUUGUAAACUCUGUUUUCGUUCAUUUAUAGCUCACGAAGAUGUGGUUAAGCACCUUAUGAAACAACACCGUCUUAGCAGCGAGUUUGAUGCAGAUGAAAGUCAGACUAGAGAUGGUUAUGAUGAUACAAAUACAUCAGAUAAUAUUCUUAGUGAUCAAUCGUCAAAAAAUGAUGAAAAGGAUCCAUUUGAACCGCACAUUGAUUAUUUAUGUCCACAAUGUGGCCGAGAGUUUUUUGACAAAAAACUUUGGCGGGUGCAUAUUGUAAAAUCACAUCAACUAACUAAUUUAGAAGUUCUCAAUUUUAAAGUGAUUAACGAUAGACAGGUUAUGUGCCUAGAAUGUGAGAAAAUUAUAACAAAUGCUUAUGGUGUUCAGAACGCUCAACAACAUCGUAUUACUCAUAUGCCGUACAAGUCAUUCAUCCGUUGCAGACUUUGCGCAAAAUCAUACACUGAUCGUAAAGGUUUGGUAAAACACUUACGGUCAUCACAUCGCAUUGGUGCUAUGCAUGGCUUCGAUGUUAAUGCUGUAGAGCCCUCUCCAUCAACAUUACAACAACAAAAACCUCAGAUUUCAGUUCGUGUAUUGCCACAGAAAAACAUUAAACCGCAAACUCCGAAAAAACCACAGAAGGAAAUAGUGCGACAUGCGAAUUAUAUAUAUGAAAUACAAUACCUAGAUGAAGAUGAUGAUUGUGUGAUUGAUGAUGCUCCUGUACCAGAACUUUCAUUUAGCAAUAGCAUUGAUCAAUUAACGCGUCUAAAAUGUUCAGAUUGUGGUUCAAUAUUUUCGACACAAGAAGCUUUGCAAACACAUAUUAAUGAAGAGCAUGAAUUUCUUGAUUUUAACAAUCUUAAACCAAUGCCUGAUAAUACCGCAAACAGCUCGCGAUCCUACUCUCGUACUUCUAUGGACACAUCGAACUCUUCAUUUACACGUGAUUCGUCUACAUACAAUGCGCUACCGCAGGAUGAACAAUCAAAUGAUGCUGACGAUUUACUCAAACCCACAGGAGAAGAGGAGAAUAAUUUAUCGCAAGACAGUUGGAAUAUAGAACGCAAUUUUUGUUACUUAUGUCCAGCUUGUGGAGUAUUGUUCAAAGCACAGUCUGAUUGGCGUCGACAUAUAAAUAAUUCACAUAAUUUUGAUAAAAGACAUUUUUUAAGUUUUAAGCAAAUUGAUAAAUUUCGUUUUCAAUGUACUAUAUGUAAUGAUAUUGUAUCAAGCCCAAAAUUAAAAGGCUUCCAAGAUCACAAAUUCCGUCAUUUGCCAUAUAAACUGUAUAUUAAAUGUCUUAUAUGCGGGACUUGCUACAAUCAUAAACCAAAUAUGAUCACUCAUUUGAGAGUGCGUCAUAAUAUUAACGAUGGACGUUUAUCGCCAAUACAAAAUGAACGAGAAUUUGACCUAACAUCACAAAAUAAUUUAACCAACAGAUCAUUAAAUUUAGCACCUGCUUCGACAUCCGCCGCAAUUUAUCCCAAACCACCAGGACUUAAAACAGUAGAAGAUGCAAUUUCUUAUCAUAAUGCAGUUGAUCUUGAUUUCAUAACAUAUUAUUGUCCACAAUGUAAUGAAAAUUUCAACUCGCAUGUCUUCUGGCGUAAGCAUAUUGUUGAAGAACACGGAUUCAAUAGUCGUGCUGGUCUUAACUUUCGACAAAUUGAUCAACAUCACUUUUUGUGUUUACAAUGCUACAAGCGUGUAACUGUGACCCAUACAAAGGGAGCUAUCGGGCAACUCCAAUCACAUAAGUUCCGGCAUUUGCCGUACAAAUCUUUUAAAUGUUUAACUUGCAACGGCGAGUUUGUUCGUAAACAAAUGUUCUUUAAGCACCUCAAUAGACAAACGAAUCGAUGUGAUAAUCAGCCAAUACUGCAUAAUGAUUUCGAUGAAUUCGAAAAAGCAAAUACUACAGAUACCGAAAAUGAACAGGAACAAGUAAACGCUGAUAAUUUACCAAGAUCCGAACACAGUGAUUCUCAAAGUCCUUUCAUUCUGCUCUGUCCACAGUGUGGUAAAGAGUUCGAUACAUGGAGGCCAUGGCGCGAACACAUUAAUAGUGAACACAAUCUAGGAAAACGAGAAGCACUCAAUAUAAAAAAAAUAAGCCCAAUAUUGCAUGAGUGCCUUCAAUGUAAUGAGCAAAUAAACGGCAAUAAACUAAGAGAUUUACAAGGACAUAAAUUUAAACAUUUGUCAUAUGGCGCUUAUAUACGUUGCAAAUCCUGUGACGCUGCUUACUAUCAUUUGCGUGCAAUGGAAAGACAUGUCGAAAGUAAACAUCCCCAUAUGAUAGAUAAGAAUGAUAUGUAUCAGAAAAUGCUGGAAUUGCAGCAGUAUGAUGAUACAACCUUAAACGACACUAAUGAAGCAAAUGACUUUUCAGAAGUAGAAAAUAUACAGGAUGAAACCGAUAAAACAGAUGAUCAAUUUCCUUUGGGUCAGUGUAAUUUGAUAUCUGGAUAAAUCAACAAUUAAAUAAUGAUAUAAUUAUUUUUAUGUUUCCCCUAAU